UAUUGAUAGACAAUUCAUUUCAAUAUUUUUGUCCAAAUUCCACAAAACAAUCGAGACAAUGGCAUCAAUGAAUCUCAUAGAUCCCUGCGCCGCCAAUUUCAGGCAUCCGCCAACGCUCCAAACCUCCUUCGUCGGCGCCGCCGCCAGACUGCCGCCGUCUCCGAUGAGACUGAAAAACACGGCCAUUGCGUAUUCCGGCGGCGUCGCGGCGGCGAGUCUGAACGAGCGGGAACUGAAAGUCGCCGGCGGUAAGGAGGGGCGGCGGACGACCUUCGACUUCGGCCAGUACAUGGCGGAAAAGGCGGCGCUCGUGAACGGCGCGCUCGACGGCGCCGUCGCGAUGAGGCGGCCGGGGGUGAUCCACGAGGCGAUGAGGUACUCGCUGCUCGCUGGCGGGAAGCGGAUCCGACCGAUGCUGUGCAUCGCCGCCUGCGAGGUCGUCGGCGGCGAUCCGGCGGCCGCCGUCUCCGCCGCGUGCGCGGUGGAGAUGAUCCAAACGAUUUUGUUGAUGCAGGACGACCUGCCGUGUAUGGACAACGGCGACCUCCGCCGCGGCAAGCCCUCCAAUCACAAGGUGUUUGGUGAGAAAGUUGCUGUCCUGGCAAGUUAUUCUUUGUUGGCCUUUGCAUUCGAGUUCUUAGUGACAACCACAAAAGAUGUCUCACCCGAAAGGAUUAUAGCAUGUCUUAACGAACUAGCGAAGGCACUAGAAGGCACAGUGGCAGGACAGGUGGUUGACCUGAAACUCACCGGAAACAACGAUAAUGUGACACUUGACACAUUAGAAUUCAUACACAUUCACAAAGCCGCCAUUCUAGUGGAGGCUUCAAUGGCGAUGGGGGCGAUUCUUGGCGGUGGAAGUGAUGAACAAGUGAAAAAAUUACGUGUUUUAGCUCGAAAUUUUGGGCUAACGGGUCAAGUGGUAGACGACAUAUUAGAUGUGACUAUGUCGUCUCAAAAAAUAGGAAAAAAUGUGGGUAAGGAUUUGGACGCCAACAAGACAACAUAUCCGAAGCUUUUGGGGCUUGAGGGUGCUCGUAAAUAUGUGAAUGAGUUGCACGAGGAGGCUAAGGAACUAUUGAAAGAGUUCGAUUUGGAUAAGGUGGCGCCAUUGGCCGCUAUAACGGAGUACAAUGCUCGUAGGAAGAUUUGAAGUUCGAAGAAUUGGAGUUAUAGAU